AUGUCAUUCCAUGUCUAUCAGAUACUGGAAUUUGGACCAUUGCAACCCAAUGAACAAGUUUUUGAAAACUUCACAGACAGUAGAACAGGUGCCCCAAGCACAACUGAAGAUUUAAACACAAUUCAUCAAACAUCCUCCAAUGAAAUCACUGCUCAACAUCCAACACAUCCAACUCCUUCUGGUGAAAUUGUUCCACAUCCAAUCAUUUCAUGGGAACCCUCACAAAAAUUUAUCAGGUUGCUUUAUCCUGAGAAAGCAAAAUGGACUCAAAAGAUUGAAAAUUUUGAAUACCCAUUAAUUCAAGCAAACCUAAACCUAAGGCUCAUUGAAAAUCCAAAUCCACCAGAAAAUCGUAUAGCAGUGUGUAGUUCAUGUAAAAAAAAUCCAAGAAGGAACUUCCCUCCUUAUCUACACCCAAUCCCUGUAGAAAUCCAACAAAUACCCCUUUUCAAGAGAAAAUACUUGUCUCUGAUCUAUUUACACUCUUCUCUUGGAUGGACAUCAAACUUAGGUGCUUACUCUGAAUAUUGGUCAAUUGUUGGAACAUUUGGGUCUUUAAUUGCAGGUGCAAAUUGGUUAGCUGACAAUAAUCCAUAUUUGAGAGAAUAUAAAAAUGCACUAGUGACAAAUUCCUCAGGAUCUGUAUCUUCAUCUCCCACUGCAACACACUUACCAGAUGAUGAAACUGCUCCAGAGUUUCAAACCCGACCAAAUGGGGAACCCUUUGACAAUAUAACUUACAAGGAUUACAUUGAGCAAUAUGACAUAAAACUAUCAGCAAUCAAUUCAAGUAGCCAAACAAUUUAUAGAGACAACCUUGGAAACUAUGUGGUGAAAAGAAAGACAAAUAUCUUGACAAGGUAUAGAAAUCUUUGGUUAGAGCAUGGUGAAUUGUAUUUUAAUCAAAACCUUUUGCUAAGAGUACCAGCAAGAAGUGAAGGAGAUUUGAUAGGAACCUAUGAAACCUAUCGUGAUCAUUACCUUGUAAGGUUCCCUGAAGAAUUUGGAAAUUCAAUAAAAUCAGAUCAGCAAAAUCAACAUCACCAAACCAUCAACAUGCUUGACCAAUACACCAAUCUCAUUGAAAAUCUCUUAUACUCUUUACAAUCACUGUUAACUCAAGAUAUUAAAGGCAUAAUCAGAAGUCAGCUUGAAAACAUCAAAAUUUUACCUCCAAUUGUUCCAAACAACAGUAUGUUGAGCUUACCUUCAUGUCAAUAUAACUGUGUGCAGACAAUUUUCAAUUACAUGGGACCCAGAGACACAUAUCAUUAUCCAUAUUUUUUCAUUAGUGGAUCAGCAGGCUCUGGUAAGUCAUUCCUGAUAAAUCUAUUCGCAAAAAAAUUCUUGGAGUUGAAUAAAAACUUCUUGCUGAUGGCACCAACUGGGGUUGCUGCUGUCAAUAUUCAAGGACAAACCAUUCAUUCAGCUCUCCGAAUAUGGUCACAUGGUGGAAGGUAUCAAACAUUAGCAUUUGCUGAUCAAGAAUUCAAUCAAGAACUUCGAAAAAUUGACACUAUUAUCAUUGAUGAAGUCUCUAUGGUUCAAGCUUCAUUGUUGACCUUCAUAUCAGAGAUGUUUUCUGGAAUCCAUCAAAUCUUUGCACCAUUUGGAGGAAUUAAUGUUAUUCUGAUAGGUGAUCUUGCUCAACUUCCCCCAAUAAAUGGACAUCCUGUAUACAAAUCUCCUAUUUGGAAAGUUUUCUACCCAAUUUUUCUUUGUCACUCUCAUCGCCAACAAAAUGAUCCAUUUUUCUAUAAUGUCUUGCAAAAGAUAAGACUUGGAAACAUUACACCAUCUGUUUGGCAAUUUUUACAAGAAAAAGCUAAUCAAAAUCUUUCUUUAGAAAUGUCUUCAUUUCACACAAGCUAUAUUGUUGGGUUCAGAAAGAGUGCAAGUUAUAUUAACGAAAUAAUCUGCAAUCACUUACCUGCAUUGAACAACAAGUUUAUGAUAUCUGAGGCGAUUGACUGUGUAGAUGGCAGGAUGGGAGCAGCAUCCUCCUCCACUGUAAAAAUCGAAAAUGCCAAAGCGAAUAGACCAAAAAGAACAAUCAAAUCCCCUAAUAAAGAGCCUACUCAAAUCACUCAACCAUCUAUCUCAUUCUGA